UCUUCACUAGCUGCAUUACACAGAACAUGUUACAUUUAUAUCUUCAGGGUUACCUUUCUUUAAUUCUGUUGAAUGUCGCAUCAGGAUUUGGAGAUACUGAGCCCAUCUUAGCUGUUCAAGAAGAAGAUGUAGCUCUCACUUGUUUCAGUCAAAAUGACACGGAUCCAAACAGCUUCUACAGAUACAGCGUGACAAAGUUUGCUACAGAUCCUAAUCAAGUGAAGGAUAUGUUUAAAUGGCCCACACCGAGCAACGAUGUGUAUAAACGUGUAAAAUGGGUAGCUGAUGGAAAUGGACAAAAAUGCUUAACUCUGACAAAACUUCAAAAAUCCGACGCAGGACUGUACACUUGUGAAAUGUGGAAAGGAUGGGACCGUGUUGCGGCCAAAAACAUAUCUUUGAGAAUAAAAGACUGCAAAGUCCUUGAACCUGUGAAGGCCACACCCAGCAUGCCUGCCAAGUUAAACUGCCCAGUAAACAUGACAAGUGGACAACAAGAACCUCAAAACAUCUCCUGGGCAAUCCAGAAAGGAGACAUGCGUGAAUCACUCGACUCCAGCAAAGCCAAAACUGAUGGUACAUCUCUGACUUUCCAGUCUGUGAACACCAGCGACAGUGGCUGGUAUACAUGCAGUUACACGCUUGGUAAAACUCAGCGCUGCUUUGACACCAAUCUACAAGUACAAGCUUUUGUGACCACAACGGUUCCGGUUAUUCCAACAAAAACUCCGAGUCUGCCAGCACCAAAAGCCAAUGAUAUAUCUCUGUCGCAAAGGAAGGAGGAGAGCAAUGAUGCUUUAAUUGCAGUUGUGGUCUGUGUCAUUUUGGGGAUGAUCAUAAUUGCUGCUGUGAUUGGACUCGUUGUGUACCGCAGAUGCAAAACCCAGAGAAUCACACAGUUACACCAGAGGCGCUUUAACGGUAAUUGUAUGUCUACAUAUGAGAUUGUUGCACCUUUGACGAAUACUCCAGGCCAGCGAAUCAACAGUCUGUAUCAAAUGCCAGACGAAAGCUUAGUUACCUGUAAGUUGUAUGAGGUUUUGCCUCCUUUAUGAAAUUGUUCAAAUCUUAUCAUGUCAACAAAAAACAACCCAACAACAACGAAAACCAAAGAAACCAAAACAUUUUUCUCUCCUUUGUUGCAGUCCAAUAAUAAAUAUUUUCAAGUAAGGAAGAA